GAGCCAGCGCUCGGCGCGGCCGCCGGGGAGCGGAGGGCAGGCUCGGGCAGCUCCCCGGCUCCCCGCGUGAUAAAACUUGGGCAAUAAGCAGGAGGGGCGGCUCGGCGUCUCCCGGCUCCAAUCCCGUCCGGGGACCGCACACGCUCCCGGGCAGGCAAGCGUGACAGAGGCCCAGGGAGACUUAAAGAGGAGUGGCGGCGAGGCACGCCCGCACCCGCGCGCGCCGCCGCACCCCGUGGGCUCUCGCCUCCCGCCUCCCGCCUCCCGCGCGGCGCCCCGAUGGCCACGGCCGAGCCCCGGGUCCCCGGGCGCGGAGCGCUGCGCGCGCUGCUGCUGACCGUCGCGGUCUUCAGUUUUGCUUGUGAUGCCUGCAAAAAGGUGAUAUUUAAUGUACCUUCCAAGCUAGAGGCAGACAAAAUAGUUGGCAGAGUGAAUUUGAAAGAGUGCCUCAGGUCUGCAGACCUUAUCCAGUCGGGUGACCCUGAUUUCAGAGUUCUAGAUGAUGGAUCAGUCUACACAGCCAGCCCUGUGGUGUUGUCUGAUGAGAAAAGAUCCUUCACCAUAUGGCUUUCUGACACUAAGACACAGACACAGAAAGAGAUUAAGGUGCUCUUGGAACAUCAGAAGAAGGUGCUGAGGAAAAGACAUACUAAAGAAGCCGUUCUCAGGCGUUCCAAGAGGAGAUGGGCUCCUAUUCCCUGCUCAAUGCUAGAGAAUUCAUUGGGCCCAUUCCCAUUAUUUCUUCAACAAGUUCAAUCUGAUGCAGCACAGAACUAUACUAUCUUCUACUCAAUAAGUGGGCGUGGAGUUGACCAAGAACCUUUAAAUUUAUUUUUCAUAGAAAGAGACACUGGAAAUCUGUAUUGUACCCGGCCUGUGGACCGUGAAGAAUAUGAUGUUUUUGAUUUGAUUGCUUAUGCCUCAACUGCAGAUGGGUAUUCAGCAGACUUACCUCUUCCACUGCCCAUCAGAGUGGAGGAUGAAAAUGACAACCACCCUAUUUUCACAGAAGCUAUUUAUAAUUUUGAAGUUCCAGAAAGUAGCAAACUUGGUACUACAGUGGGAGUGGUUUGUGCCACAGACAGAGAUGAACCGGACACGAUGCAUACACGCCUGAAGUACAGCAUUUUGGAGCAGACCCCUAGAUCCCCUGGGCUCUUCUCUGUGCAUCCCAGCACAGGUGUCAUCACCACAGUCACUCAUUAUUUGGACAGAGAGACUGUAGAUAAGUACUCACUGAUAAUGAAAGUACAAGACAUGGAUGGUCAGAAUUUUGGAUUGGUGGGUACAUCAACUUGCAUCAUAACGGUAAAAGAUUCAAAUGACAACGCACCUACUUUCAAACAAAAUACUUAUGAAGCAUCAGUAGAGGAAAAUGCGUACAAUGUGGAGAUCUUACGAAUACCUAUAGAAGAUAAGGAUUUAAUUAACACUGCCAAUUGGAGAGCCAAUUUUACCAUUUUGAAGGGCAAUGAAAAUGAACAUUUCAAAAUCAGCACAGACAAAGAGACUAAUGAAGGUGUCUUGUAUGUUGUAAAGCCACUGAAUUAUGAAGAAAACCAUCAGGUGAUUCUGGAAAUUGGAGUAGGCAACGAAGCUCCAUUUACCAGAGAUGUCGCACUCAGAAUGACAACCAUGAAUAGAGCCUUGGUGACAGUUCACGUGAGAGAUCAGGAUGAAGGACCUGAAUGCAGCCCUGCAGCGCAGUACAUACGGAUUACAGAAAAUGCAGCAGUGGGGUCAAAGAUCAAUGGCUAUAAGGCGUAUGACCCUGAAACUAAAAGUAGCAACCACUUAAGGUACAAAAAAUUGAAUGAUCCUAAAGGAUGGAUCACCAUUGAUGAGAUUUCAGGGUCGAUCAUAACUUCCAAAAUCCUGGACCGGGAGGCCAUGGCUCCCAGAAAUGACUUAUAUAAUAUUACAGUCCUGGCAAUAGACCAAGAUGGUAAGUCAUGUACUGGAACACUUGCUGUUAGCAUUGAAGAUAUGAAUGAUAAUCCACCAGAAGUACUUCAAAGUUAUGUAACAGUUUGCAAACCCAAGAUGAAGUAUACAGACAUUUCAGCUGUUGAUCCUGAUGAACCUAUCCAUGGUGCUCCAUUUUAUUUCAGCUUGGCAAACACUUCUCCAGAAACGAACAAAAUAUGGACCCUCACCAAAGUUAAUGAUACAGCUGCCCGUCUUUCAUAUUGGAAAAAUGCUGAAUUUCGGGAAUAUAGUGUUCCUAUUACCGUAAAGGAUAGAGAAGGUCAAUCUACAACAAAAACCCUGACAGUUAAUCUGUGUGAUUGUACUCAUCCAAGUCAAUGUCGGGCAGCUCGAAGGAGUGCAGGAGUAAUACUCGGAAAAUGGGCGAUCCUAGCAAUACUGCUGGGUAUAGCAUUACUAUUUUCUGUAUUGCUAACUUUGGUAUGUGGAGUUGUUGGUGCCAAAAAAAGAAAAGGUUUUCCUGAAGAUUUAGCACAGCAAAACUUAAUUAUAUCAAACACAGAAGCUCCUGGAGAUGAUAAGGUGUGUUCUGCCAAUGGGUUUAUGACCCAGACAGUCAACAACUCUGGCCAAGGCUUUUGCGGUACUAUGGGAUCAGGAGUGAAAAAUGGAGGUCAGGAGACCAUUGAAAUGGUGAAAGGUGGACACCAGACACUGGAAUCGUGCCGGGGAACCGGGCAUCAUCACACCCUGGAUUCCUGCAGAGGAGGACCCACAGAGGUGGACAACUGCAGAUACACCUACUCCGAGUGGCAUAGUUUCACUCAGCCCCGUCUUGGUGAAAAAUUGCAUCUGUGUAACCAGAAUGAAGAUCACAUGCCAUCUCAAGAUUAUGUCCUUACAUAUAACUAUGAAGGAAGAGGAUCUCCAGCUGGUUCUGUGGGUUGCUGCAGUGAAAAACAGGAAGAAGAUGGCCUUGACUUUUUAAAUAAUUUGGGAGCCAAAUUUACUACAUUAGCAGAGACAUGCACAAAGAGAUAAUGUUAAAGUGCUACAAUUAGACAUGUAUUUGCCAAACAUUCUAGAGGUUUCCAAAGGCAAAGGGAUAUUGUAAAGUUCAAUUUCAAUUUCUAAUAUAUAUAAAGAUACAUAUAGAUAUAUUUCUAAUAUAUCUAUACAUUAAAAAAAUACAUAUAACUUUCUGAAUUUUGGAUUGUACUAUUUACCAAGUUGUAUUUUUAUAGCAAUUUGUUGCUAAUGUUUUCCAAGGAAUUUGAAAUGUUAAAAUGUCUCUUGUCUUCUUUACUGCCAAGUAAAUAGACAGCUGGUAGAUCUCAUGCUGUAGCAUUUGAAUUAAGGUCUAUAAAGGACCUGCCAUUCUUCAUAGACACUGUACCAAUAAAUGUGUUAGGUUAAUAUUAGUCCAAUGAUAGCUAAGCUGUACUUGAUUGAAUAUAGAAUAGCUAUGUGGGCUAGAAAUUCUGUUCUUUUUCCAGAUUUAGAUUUAAGUCGAAUAGGAUUAUAUCAAACAUUUUGUUAAAUUAUAUCGCAUUUUUUAGCUCUUUAAAGAAUCAGUACCACCAAGUUGGUAGCUCCAGAGAGUACUAGAAUUUCAUUUUCCUUCUGGCUAGCAACUAGAUCAUGAAGAGCAGGUCUAUCUACUUGACUGCCCCAGUAAGGUCUUAAAAAUAUGAUGUUAGACUACACUGUAAUCAUAUUUUUAAUGAAAAAUACCAAAGACCUAUUGAGAUUGUAAUCACAAGUCUUAACAUCUUUUUCCCUGAGAUUCAGGACUACUAUUGGUAAUGUGCAGUGAUGAACAUUAUGCUGAGAAAAAGUUGUUUUUCUUCUUUUUAAUAUCGUACUUUCAUGUUUUUAUUUUGCAAGUUUAGCACAUCUGGCUUUUUAUUUUCUCUCAAUAGUAGUUAUUUGCAAUUAGAAUAUGUUUUCCUUAGACGGAGUAUGCCGUGCCACACAUUCUGAAGAAACAGACCUUGUCAUAGUUAUGCGUAGCAAUGAGGGCUGAGUGUGCAUUUCCUUUCACUAUCAUUUUCACAUAAAUUGCUCCUUAUUAAAGCAGAUAAAUAUUUUAAAAUGCUAUAAACAAUCAAAAGAACCCCUCGGAGCAUUUUAAUAGCUUUCAAACUGUUGCUUAAAAUUUUGUGCUGCUCAGAUUUGUUCAUGUGAUAGAGCCUCUGCAAAGGACUUGCAAAAAAACCCUAAAGAGAAGGUGUUUAAACUUAAAAUAAUUAACACCUAAUCCUAUGCAGAAUCUCAUAUCACAUUGUUGUAUACUCACUUCAUGCGUUAGUUUAAAAAAUAGAGAAGAAAUAUUAUGUAUCACCAAUUGAAGAACAUUUUGGAAGAGAAACAAAACUAAAUUAACUUAAAAAUUUUGCAGCUGUGACGAAUUGUGACAUUGCCACUACAUGGGCUAACUCACACAGUGAGCCUCACAGUCAAAUAAAGAAUGGUGGGCAAUGUUCAAUAUGAA